CAGUCGCUUCAAUCAGUCUGUUCACGUUCACCGUUCGAAACGGUUCGUUUGGUGGAGCUCUCUUGCUUACACGUGGUUCUCGUUCCGUCUCAGUGCGCUCCGCUCCAAGCAACGACGUCGUUGUAUUUCGAGCAACGGUUUCACACAUUCGCUUUGUUACUUUGCAAUGCUGAUUGUUGUACGUUGAAGAAAAGGCUUGUUUCUCCUCCGUGGUGUUGGUUGCUGGAGUGCAGUUUUUUUUUAUGUGUGAUCGCGAUUUGACGGGCUUCUCCGCGGGCUAAGGUCUUUCCUACUUAAGUGGCCUAUCACCGCUGUCUGCCCGAUAACGGUGCUUUCAAGUGUGUGCGCAAGAAGCGCUUGAUACCGUUCAAGUACCGUGCGACGCCUAUUGUUUCGCGAAACGAUAUCACUCCUGAGAAUCCAAAUCUGCUCAUUGCUGAUUGUAGUUUGAAAGAUUUUACAUAAUAAAUUAAAUCAACCGCAGCGUCGUUGUGUUUGUGUUAAAUCGUUGAUAUUUUCAACCGCCAUACCACUGUGGUAGUCAGCUUAGCGGUGAAAAACUAAGCCGACUUGAAUUAAGGUACCUUCAGUUGCGUACACACCAACACAGUGUGUUGAGAUCGUAAUAAGUCGAGAAAUUUUGAUUGAAGAGUAAACGGCAGUGCUGAGUCAGAAGAGUGCACAACUGAGCAAUACACGUGUGUGUAGGUGUGGGUCUGUUCAAGAAGAGCAUUUGAGAAAAGUGCACAUCUCAACUUCAACGAUUUAAGUCCCAACUGAGAUGUGUGUCAGCCUGAUGUAGUGUAUGAAGUAAAAUUAAUCAUUGAUUAAAAGCGUGCUGCGAGCACUGAGUGUGUUUGUAUAUCUAUAUAUGCCGUUGUGUUCAUCGCGAAAUGUGUAAAAUCGGUGAUCUACUUUUUGAUCUUGUUGUAUAGUUCCUCUCGGAGGUGUGUGGAAAUAAAAAAAGAGUUGCACGUAGAUCUCGCGAAGUGAUUCACUCGACUUGUGGCGGAUGGACAGAAUUAAUUUGAAAACAGCCAAGAAGAAGCAGACGGCUGCGACAAAGCAAAGGUCAUUGAGCGUAAAUAUUUUCACUACAUGCUACGUCGGGCUUGGCAUACGCGAGUGUGCUAUUGUGUCAGCACAACCCUGAGUGCUGAAAUUGAAGCUACGUACGACGGGGCGCUAAAGAAGCUGUUUUUCGUUGAUUGAUCGUGAACCGAAAUCGAGUGUGUUGUACUACCGCCUUACACGGAUAAAGGCGACGAGAAGUUUUGGGAUUGCAAGCUGAUGGAAUAACAAUUAUGACAUGGGAUCCUGUUCGAGACGACAUUUCUUGUUGUCAAUAUGCGUUCUGCAGUUGUUAUUUAUCAUCGAGCGGCAGGUGUUUGACUUCCUCGGAUACAUGUGGGCACCGAUACUGGUGAACUUCUUUCAUAUAAUAUUUGUGAUAUUUGGAUUCUUUGGUGCCUAUCAAUAUCGUCCAAAGUAUUUAGUAACGUACUCACUAUGGAAUCUUUUAUGGAUAGGAUGGAACGUAUUCCUAAUAUGUUUCUAUUUAAAUGUAGGACUCUUAGAUAGGGAUAGCGAUUUAUUAAAUUUAGGUACUGGCAGCGUGUCAUGGUUCGAGGUGAACGGCUACGGUUGCAAGCCGACCUACCCGAUGAACAUCACUUCGGAGGAUCCAUACCGGCCGGUGAGGCCAGAACGGGUCGAUGGCUGCUUGCUAGACUAUCACAUAGUAGAAAUAACACACUCCGGAGUGCAAUGUGCGCUGGCGCUACUGGGUCUCUUCGGAGCCAUCUGUCUGGGGCAUACGUAUCUGGACGAGGACGAUAGCUCCAGCAGAAAUAGUAAAAAAUCCAAACAUCGCCAAUCGCUAUAUUCGAUUGAGUUCUCGCGUCCGGUGGACGCUAUUCGACGAACGCACGAAGACGAUGAUCUCCGGGGCCCAUCGCUCAGUCCGAAACCGAUGACCCCACGCCGUGUAAAGCGACGAUCUGUGAUGCAACGUGGCACGACCAGCCGCCAAAGUACGACCAGCCGGCGAAGUCACACCAACAACCGGAGCAGUGUGAGAAACUCCCGCCGGAAAGUGCACCAAAAUCCGGUGACCAAACUUAUGAACCAGCAAAGCGCAGGGACUAUGACCCUAACCAAAACCUUCCCGCAGUUUGCGCACAAUAAAAAUUCUGAACUGACUGAAUCCAAUCUCAAGUCGCUAAACAACGACUACAUCAUGAGCCAAACAGCAGCCUCCAUGUUGAACAAUUUUAGCCAAGGCGCCACCAAUAAUCUGAACACAUUCAACCAUCCUCCGAGGCACAACACUCAUACUCCUACCCUUCCAGAUGGCAGUCCCAUCGAUCCUAUCUACUACAAUAUGAACUCCUCUUCGCCUUUGCUACAGCAACAAACUUCAUGGGCUUCCUCGAAUGCUCCAGGCGUCGGAGGCCAUUCCAAUCCAACCUAUCAACAUUCAAUGUCCAAUUUGAAUCACAGCCCAGAACUUAACGAAGAAUACUACACCAACAACCGGCCACCAUCCGUGCGAUCCAGCUAUUCAAAUUUUCAUGGAACUCGGCCAUUGAGCUCAUACUCCGCGGUUGGGAACAUGAACAUCACCCAGCCAGGUGCGACCGGAGAGAACGUAUUCGCCAGUCUAACCAAUCAACAGCAGAUGCAGCCUCAACAACAGCAACAGCAACAUCAGCAUCCACAACAGACCGCAAUGGUGGACACAAUGGGUGGCGAUCCAAUGGCUAUCCCUCAGCUACCCAAUCGGCGGUCGGUUUCACGGGAAAGUAUUCGGGCGAUGCAGUUUCUGAACAGUGGACCCCCGGCUUACAAUCUGAACUACCAUACGCCGCCGGAAUCAGAGACCACUAUGUAAAUAAUGAUACCCAAGAAAUCCUUCUAGGUGAAUGGACUGGAACCUAUCUCAUAGCACCGAAAGUAUAGGCUAAUAGUUUUAUAAGUGACAUACGUAUCAAUCCGUCCUAGCUGAUGUUGAGUGUAUAAAAUGGUACACUUUUACGUAACAAUGAUCUGAACUUAAUAGGAAAAUAGUUUAAUGAUAGCUUUCGUUUUAUUGUACAUAAAUAGCCUAAGAUACUAACAUUGAUGGAUGAAAUUGGUAUGGUUUGGGAGAGUGAGAUUUUUGAAAUCAUUAGAGUGCAUUGUGCAAAUAUUCAUUUUAUGCAACAGGAGUGAUCUUCAAUAAUGUUAUCCUCGUGAAUAACAUGUUAAAUCUAUGAAACGUUCAAUGUGAGAAGUUAUGCAUGCCUCAGCUGACCCAAAAUCAUAUUUGGGUUUUUGUGUUUCCAUCAGCAAUGUGUGGUAUACUGGUUUGGUUGAAGUUUUAGUUGACUUUAGUUGUUCGCGAAGAUUUGGUUUGCAUUAACACAAAUCAUGGAUACAUGUACGGAAAGUUGAGCAAUUUACGCAUGAACAUAAUUAAUUUUUUGCAGAUCCUAACUUCUACAAGCUCGUUGGUAUAAAAAAGAAAGGCACUAGGACUGUGCAAAUAUCGAUAUUAUCGGCUCGAUUUUAUCGAUAUGAUAUCCGAUAUCUUUCGACCCGAUAUUUUCCGAUAUCGAUAAGACCUUUGUCCUUCCGAUAAUCAGGACAACACUCAAUGAUUAUGUUAAAAUUAGUCCAACGAAAUUUCCGAUAUCCGAUGAGUAGAACAUAUCAUAUCUACAAUAUUCAAAUAAUUGAAUCCAUUAUGUAACAGUAGGUGUCAAAUGACGCCGAAAUAGUCGAUUUUGUUUUAAAAUCCCUUCAUUAAAAAUAUCGGAUAUCGGUUCGAUACCGAUAAUGUCAAAUCCGAUAUAUCGCCGAUACCGAUAUUGAAUCAUUGGGAUAUCGCCGAUACCGAUAAAUCGUCAUUGUGCACAGCCCUAAAAGGCACCAUUCGUACAUUGAAAGUAUUUCAACAAAAUAUUUCAAUUCGAGCUUUUUAUGAGUUCCGAUCAAUGUUAUCGUUGAUUGAUGUUACCACGUUUUACUGUACUAUUUUAUUUCGAAUCUAACCUAACAAUAUUGUUUGUCUUGAUAUCGUAUAUCGUGAACUCAGGUAAAUGGACUAUCGAAAUAGGUACAUUGGAACUCUUUAUACAAAUUCGUCAGAAGAAAUCGAUAUGACAUUCAUAAAUUCAUA